GGGCUAGGGGAAAAAAAACUAAAUAAUUUUACUCAAUUAUUUAUAAGUGAACUAAUUACCGACAAACGUUCACGUGGGUCCAACCAUCACCAAACAAACCACGACAAUUGAGACAGAUAAGGGGCUAAGUAUAAGGAGGCCAGCACAAGACCGAUUGAUAAGUCGAGUGAUAAAAGGCGCGCCGAUUAAGCGUGGCAUUCAGGUGGCAAUAUAGGUAUUAGCCGUAGCAAGCGUAUAUCCAUGUAUACAAGCGAUUUGUUUGCUGUUAGCCUGUCUAUACCUCUGCUAUCUACACAUCUCCGGGCACUGGGAGCAUCUCAUAUUGUAAUUGGAUUCUUCAGUUCACUGUAUGCUGGAACUCAACUUAUCAGUGGGCCUAUUAUCGGAAGUUGGAGCGACCAAAAAGGACGACAAGCAAUCUUAUUAAUCAGUCUGACAAUAUCUGCAAUUUCUUACAUUUUCCUGGGCAUUGUAAAAUCCCUAUGGGUGAUAUUAAUAAUCCGAGCUGGUUUGGGUACUUUCAAACACAUCCAAGUCUUGGCACGGACCAUUGUAGCUGACAGAGUAUUACCAGAGGAACAAAGUAAAAUCUCUGGCCGCUUGACUGCUCUGUCAAGUGCGGGUUUCAUUGUUGGGCCCGCAAUUGGUGGACACCUUGCAGAAUUGGAACAUGGAUUUUCUUACUUGUGUUACUGCACUGCUUUAUUGUUUGCUGUCAAUAUUGGAACGACGUAUUUCUUUCUUUAUGAUCCACCCGAAACUGGGUCACCAGAUGAAACCAAGACGUCUCUUAAAAAAAAGCAGUACUUGAGUAUAAGAGAGCAAAUGUUGUGUGUAGUGCGUCAUUUAGUCAAUGUUGAUUGGAUAAUUUAUGGGGAUGUAUUUGCUCUAAAGUUCCUAAUGGCUGUUUCUAAUGCAAUAUUCACAUCAAAUUAUUUUGCCAAUGUUCAGGAGACAUACAAUAUUUCGCCUCGUUGGGCAGGCUAUACGAUUUCUUUUCAAGGUCUAAUAGCAUCUUUAGCAGGCUUAUUAGCUGGUUGGAUAGACCAGAAGUUUUAUAAAAACGAUCUAACCUUCCAGCAGCGUAAUUUACAUGGAUUUAUAAUCAUAACAAUAUCUUAUGUAGGACUUUUCACUGCCCCAACUUUGCAUCUUUUCAUGCUUAGUAUCGUACCACUUACAGCAGCUAGCUCUUUAGUAAGAAUAGUCGGAAUGGACAUGGUCUUAAAACGAUGUUCUCCAACGCAACGAGGCUCUUUGGUUGGUACUAGCAACAGCAUAUCUAAUAUUGCCCGUUUUGUAGCACCGUUGCUUGCAGGUUUGAUGGGAGAUCUGUACGGGACUAGAAGUGCGACUUUGUUAUGUAUAUUAUUAUCCAGUUUAGGUAUAAUUGUUUCACUAAUGGUCAGACAAUACAAACCCAUUCAACUAAAGGUUGACUAAGUUGAAAGGUUAAUAUUAAUAAUAGGCAUAAUAUUAACCAAGGCUUCUGUUGCUUUUUAUACUUUGAAUUCUAUUAUUUUCUGAGGGUAUAACCAUGCCGUGUGAAGAAAAAAAUUUGGUCAUUCUUGUAGUAUCAGGUAUUUUGACAAGGUACACAUACAUAAGAUGUUGCAUUAUUUCAUUUUAGUUAUUCGCUCAAAAUAACUACAGUUGAUCUACAGGAAGGUCUCGUAAGAGGAUCCAUUCUGAUCCGCAUGGUCACUAGCAGCCCCAACAGAUGCACAACUUUUAGCUGAGCCAAGUGUAGCGGGUCAAUGUUGUGAACGAAUACUUUUAGUUGUUGUUAGCGUUGGCAGUGACCGCGUGGCUCGGAACAGGCCCUUUCACAAGACCCUCCUUGUAUGUUGUGGCAUAUGUAGUUUCUGUAGUUUUGUUAAAGAUAAAAUUUCAUCAUUGUAGUUCUUACUACUUGUAACGAAAUGCUACAUUGAUAAAUGCAGACGAGUUUUUUAUUGAUCCUGCUAAAAAUAGGUUUAGCAAUAAAUUUCAUGUCUGUCUAAUAAUUCCAUAUACCAAUGAAAGUACUGCAAUAAUACCUGUAGUCAGUUAGAACUAUCAUUGCUUAUAUACACACAUGAUUUUCAAUUCUCGAAGUACUCUGAGGUAUUUAUUGACUGUAGCAAAUCACAAAACAUAUGAAUAAAGGUUUUCAUUUCUUGGACAAAGUUAGGUAGCAAACAUAAUACAGGACGUGAAGCAAUAUUUAAAUUUUAAUUAUAUAAAUUAUUUUUCUAAAGUACAGAUAGCUGAUGUAUGUGAAAUAUCUAUGAAGUUGAAGUUAAUAAAGUUAACGUUACAUGAACCGUUAGGUAAAAAAUCAUUAUUUUGCAAUUACAGAUUGACUUUGUAGAAGUCAAGUUUUUAAAAUAUUACCAUACUUUACUUUAUCAUGGUUUACUGAAUUUCAAAUUAUACAUUGGCUAUGAAAUAAUGGAUUUUCUUAACAUGCAUUGUUACAAUAACUCAAUCCCAUAAAUCUCUAUUUUGUCCAUAUGUACAUAUGAUCAAUAUAAUUAAUAUGUAGAAAUUCAUACAAUUUUUAUGAAAUACAGCUGUACAUUUUAGUCUAAUGAGUCUUUUAUAUUUCGGGAUUAACACAAUAAAAUAAUAUGGAUUAAAAAAAAAAAAAAUUAUGCUACUAUGAAUAAAUGCUGAAAAAUGGUUUUUUAUUCACAUACUUACUUAUUACAGAAAUCUAUAUUGGAAAAUCUGUUCGGCUUCAAGGGUUAUUAAAUUGUCUGAGUUCUCGGAGGCUGGGCAUGCAUCAUCGUUGGCUUAUUGAAACAUCAGGUUAUUGAUUUAUUAUAGAGUCUGAGCCUCGGUUGGAACAGCCCGUUGGUGAAUGCACCGAUCCCUUUAUAUCGCCAGCACAGUCCGGUUUGCAUGAGAACGACGUACAAAAAUAACAUCGAACUUCCCUGUCAGCUACGAAUUUGCACUUCCUCUAAAUGCAAAAAGUCAGAUUUUGAGGGUUUACAAUUCGUCGCGAUUGCAUGGUAUGAUGAUGUGAAUUUUUUCUCAUAUAGUAAUACUAAUGACCACCAAUACCUCGCAGUUACAGAUUGUUUAAACAAUAUUGCUUUUAUAAUAAAAUAUGUACUGAGAACGUGUCCGAAACACGUAUAUUUUAAACAGGGAAAUUCACCCUGUUGUUGGCACAGGUUAGAGAUGAGAUAAAAGUUUGAUAAAAUUUGGCAAUUGUUUUUGAAUCAUUUGAAAUUUAUUUGGAGGGUAUGUUUGAAGAAGUUCGUCAAUACCCUAUAUAUGGGACACCGUAAUUAACAUAAUCAUAUUUGUGAACAACUCUUCUGAGUUAUUUCAAAAUUGUGAAAAGGUGAAUUUUCUUGCAACAUUUUUUUACCUUAUGGUGACAAGUUUCAACCUUAUAAAAAAUAUGACUAUGAAGUCUGCGUUAAAGGGUGAAUAUACCAGAGCAGAACUUUGCAUGUUCCAACAUUGGUUACGAAAUAUUUAACGUAAAUGCUGCCGAACAAAUUUAGAGCAGAUCAUUAUUUCUUAUGGCCUCAGUAAGAAUGAGUACCUAAUAAUAAUCAUCUACUUUAAAUGCUUCCAGUUAGUGUGAUAAAACAUAAAAUGUAUAGAUUAUGAGUUUUUGUUUUCUGCUUUACAUGACUUUACAUCUUUUAUGAUACAAGAAUUCGUGCAGAGGUGAUCAAAUGUUAUAGCAAAUAUAAGGACUUUUCACAAUUUGUAUUGAAUCUUAUACUAAAUACAAAUAUCUUUGCAUUGCUAUCAUGAGUGUUGAAAAUAGUCUAUGGAUGUUAGGUAUAUCAUAUAAUUUAUUAAAGAAAAUCAACAAAUCAUACAAGCACCAAGAACACUGAUGGUUGUAACAAAUAAAUAUUUAUAAUAUAAAUUUAAUUAACAACUUACAUCAGCAACGAUAAACAUUACUUUAUAUUUGAAACUCAUUGGCUUUUUAGAAAAGUAUUUUUAA